AUGUCUUUAAUAAAUGUCCAUCCUCCUAAAACGUAUUUCGGUGCGGGAGACAUUCAAAAGUCAUUGGGUUCUCUUCCUGGAUUCCCAUGGUCAAAAUAUCCCGGAGAAAAACAUCUCCCAGGCCACAAUUAUACAGGUCCAGGCACUAGGUUAGAUCUGCGUUUAGACGAAAAUGAUAAUCCCAAACCAGGGGAAGAACCCGUUAAUAGAGUUGACGCAGCAGCGCUCAAACACGACAUACUGUACAGAAACAAAGACGUAACAUUCAGACACCAAGCAGACAAACAAAUGAUAGACGAACUCGAAAAUAUUCCAAAUCCCACUUUCAAAGAGAAAUUACAAAGGGCUCUUAUAGAACUCUUGAGGGCAAAAUUGAAAUUGGACUAUUGCAAAGGUAAAAACGAUUACGGUGACGGUGGAAUUAUAUUUGGUUUAUAUUUAGCACCAAAAGUCAAAUACAACAUCGUUUUGACUUCUGAUGGUGUUUUAAAAGAAAAGAAAACGUUUAAAGGUUAUUCUAAUGAUAAGAUAAGUGUAGAAGAUUACGUUCAGUUAGCAAGCGGACAUGAUGUGUCGAACGAAUUUAAUAAACCAUGGGAAAAAAGUUUCACCAAUGGAGUAGUUAUUCCAAAUGAUAAACAAACUAAAGUUUUUAGAAGUUAUUUGAAUAAUGUUAAAAGAAAACCACCAAACAGUGAAGGAAUUAUGUAUCCUUACAACGACAAAGAUGAGUAUAAUUUUGACGAAAACUAUGAAUUUGAUGAUUUCGAUUAUCUUACUAUUCAAGAAGAGAAUGAAGAUUGUUUUAAAUGA